AUGGCUGCUGUUGCAAGCACUCAUCAUGAACUCGCCGUGCUAAGCGGAAAGCCAGCCUUCCAUGCUAGUAGUCCGGUGCCCCUGAUUUACACCCAGGGACACGGCCCAAAUGGUGACUUUAGCAUUGUCGACGCGAUCCUUGGCAACGAGCCCAACGAGGAGUCCAAGAGCCGCGCCAGCCAGCAGCGCUUUGUGGCCAAGAUCCUCCCCGGAGUUGAAGAAGGAGCCGGCGUCAGCUUCCGGACUCAGCUUCAAAACCGCAUCGGAGACUUUCUCGGACUCAACCCCGACAAGAGCUCAGUCUUUUGCGUCACGAGCGGCACUAAUGCAAUCCGAGCGGUCUUGGGGGCUUUCCGCGCUAUGCAAAGGCAGGAUAAGACCCAAAAAAACGAGGUAAUUAUUCCUCAGACAACCGUUGGGGCCACCGUCGAAUCUGUCAUCGCUAUGGGCUUCGCGCCUGUCUUUGUGGCCGUUGAUCCCAAUACUUGGCUUCUGGAUUCAAUGGCAACCGAGCGCGCGAUCUCGGAAAAGACAGCCGCCAUCAUGACUGUCGACUGGCUCGGCACUCAAUGCAAUCUCGACCCCUUCCGCAACCUGGCCGAUAAGUACGGCAUCAAGCUUAUCUCGGACAGCGCCCAGAGCUUUGGCGCCGGCGGCAAGCUGCCACCUGCGGUCGAUCUAGCCGACGCAACCAUCUACAGCAUGGGCUACCCGAAGGUCCUCACGGCCGGUGGCUCAGGCGGAAUCAUUGUGUGGCCGAAGAUUUUGACGGCUCAGCUCGAGUGCGACGGCACGGGGAUCCUGCGCCACGAGACCCUGACCGAGAUGAAUGCUUUCCAGGGCCUUCGAGCACUUGAAGCGCUUCCGACGGCUCUUGCUAGGCGUUCUGUGGCUGGCGAGCUGUACCGAAACCUGCUCACUGUCGUUCCUGGCAUCGCCUUUCAGCAGGUCCCCGAGGGCCUGGGCACAAACCAUUACCAAGUCAGUUUUACGAUCAACCCCCGCGCCUUCGGACUCAAUGCGCAGCAGCUCUGCCAAGUGAUCAAGGCGGAAAAUGUUCACUGUAGUGCGGACCGGAUGCCGUGUGUGGCGGCCAACCCGAAGUUUCUGCCGCACGGCCGAGUUGAGGGAGACGACAAGCAGAGCCGAUUGCUGGCCUCGAAUUCUGUCACAUUGCCAAUCUCCAACGUCAUCGGAACCGAAACCGUCCAGAUUAUCUGUGCCUUGGUCAAGCUUGCCCAUGAGAAGGCACAAGACAUCCUCAAGGCUGGAAACUUUAAGAAGCCGACCCAGAGGAUUGAGCUCCCGACCGCUAGCGCCGACCUCGAGUCCAAGUAUCGCCGUCAGAUGGUAUUGCCUGUCCUGAGCAACUUCAGCGUGCACUCCAAGAUCAUUCUCCCGCACACGUACCUCCUCGAGCGGUCUAUUUCGAUCGACGAGCUGCUGAUGCAUUUCCUAGAGCGCAAGCAGUGGAGUAGGGGCGAGUGCGUUGUCCAGGAUAUUGUCGUAGAUGCCAUCGUCGACGGCACCUUUUGUGUCAUUCUUGCUCGGAAGAGCAUGGCGACAACUUCGGGCACUUCUGGCAUUUCGGUUGUCCUAGACGAAAGCGGAUCAUCGGCCACCGUUACGCUGGUACCCGAGGCUAACGGUACGCUUAUUAUCCGCAAAUCAGCCGAGGGAUACGGCGUUGACGGCAACGGGGCGCCGUGGCUGAGACGUCAGUCACUUUUUCUGAGCAACAGCACGUCAGCAAGAAAUACGAACAUGUUCGUAAUACCUAGCAAGUUUAACGACCUAGGAAGCCGUGUGACGCUUGAAUUGCCGUACAUCCCAAGCCAUUCAUUCGGUGAGCUGGUAUUUGCCAACGUGGGGGCCAAGCCGCUGGUAGCUGCUAUGGUCGAUAUGCUUGCUCGCAUGGCCACCUCUGUCUGGACGGAGGGUCAGGAGGUGGCUGAUUUGCAAUUUAUCGAGAAGGCACAUUUCGAGCGCAUGAGGCGCCGGGUCAAGAUCGCGCGCGAGCAGGACCGCGUUCUCGACAGGAUUUUGGACCAACAGACAGUUAUGCUAAAUGGCAAGCAGCUGCUCGGAUUCGAUGCUGUCAUGGACAGGCUAACUAAUCAUCCAAAAAUGGCCGAGAUUGGGCCUACAAUCCUGAACGAGAUCCAUGGCGAUCUCAACAUCCACAAUAUCCUCAGCCGGCUGAACCCCGAUGAGGACGAAGACUUGGCACUCAUCGACCCGCGCGGCGUUCCACUGCUUGGCGACAACUUGGACAAAAAGUUUGAGCGUGGUGACUACUUGUACGAUAUUUCGAAACUUCUCUUCUCCCUGACCGGCUUCUCGGAAAUCCGGAAGCGGCUCUUCAACUACGCUGCCGACGGCGACUCGCAUUGGCUCACAAUCGCGCCCCAUCCGGGCUCCGACACGAUGAAUGAAGCCGCCCACCUACUGAUCCCCGAGCUGGUGGCUAACCAGACGGUAAGACGCUGGAUUGAAAGCGUGGAGAAGCGCAGUGUCGAGUCCUUCGAGCUGCGGGUCAGGGUCGGCGAGGCAGCCCACUUUGUCGCAGACUGCGCUUGCGCUCUCGGCAGGGAUACUCCUUGGGAGAUCGUCCCUCUGUUCCUGCUCGGGCUCAAGAAGCUCAACAGCGUCGUCGAUCAUCUGGAUAAUGGUAGCAGCUCGCUACUUACGGAGCCGAAGUCAAAGGAGGUUUUCGCGUCGUCCGUGCAGCCAAGCGCAGACUUGGGAGUAGCAAAGAUUCAACGCACGCUCUUUAAAACAGAUAGUGCGGCGGCAUGGCCCUACGACGUGCUGGAGAUCUCGAUCAAAUCCGAGUCAGCGUCGAUGGCCCAGAGUUUGCUGCGGGAUUUGGUCGGAACGUACCUACCCAAUAGGACGGUAGUCCAUCUGUCGACCGAUCCGCUCGAGGAAGGCCAUCUUCUUCCCUAUUUCCGUUCCCCCCACCGCCAUCUCAUUGUCCUAAUUCAUCCUUCCAGAGGGACCAGGGGCCAGACGCAUAUGCUGGCGGCCGCAGCGCGCAGAAGUACGGCCUUUUUCAGGGACAACUCCUUCAUCCAGGGCGAUAUGGACCGGCUCCGGAUAGUCCAUAUCUCCUCAACUGGGUCCUCCUCGCGCUCGCAGUUCACGGCCCGAAGCAACGAUAAACUGCUGUCCCCGGGGGUCUUCGGUAUCUCGCCGCUCCAGCUGGCCGUGAUGCAGUCUGUUCAGUUGCAGUUUCCGAAGCCGGGCCGCUGGAUCGUUGAGAACGACUCGUUUUUUUUGCUCAGCCAGAACUUGGCGUUCAGUGGUGACAAUCUCUGUCUUCUGGCAAUCAAACGACCGACAUCUGGGUCAUCGUCGUCAUGGCGAGUGUGUAUUGACAAAUACGAGGCAGCGAGCGGUAAGAACGGCGGCUUGACUGUGAUCAAGAGCUUCCGCAAUAUCCACCCGCACGAGAAUGGGGAGACGCUGCUGCGGGCGACGACGGGCAUGUUUGUGCCGCACCGGCUGGCGCAGGCGCUGGUGCUCAAGGAAGACGAUUACGCGACACGUAAAAGCUCGCUGCUCUUCGAUCUCGUCCUACCACGCUUCAUGGUCAAAUCGGAAUGGGUCUCGCUCUGCCACAAGCGAGGCUAUGGUGUCAAAUCACACCUGGCGUGGCAGAAUGCCGCCAUGUUUGGAAACGACUUCUCUGAGCUAGUCGAGCUGGCGCACGGGGGAGAUGGCGCUUUCUAUCACUAUGGCUCAGAUGCCGAAUACCACAAGAUGCUCGCAGGCGUCCGAGAGGAUCCUCGCCUCAACAGCCUUGCCUACGUUGGCGCGGCGGUGAACUGGCUGCAGGCCACCCAGGCGAGGCGCGCACAUUCGAGACCGGCACGUGGAGGAGAGUAA